CAGAAAAACAGAGCAGGGCGAGCUGCAGCAUGGAGUGCUAGGGGAGCAAGGGCACGGGCUUGCAUCACCAAGGAGUUGAGUCCAGAGAAGUUUGUACCCGCUCUGCUCAGGCCUUCAGUCCCAAUGUCUCUUACCAUCACCUCUACUCAUUGGGAACUGAAACCCAUUCUCCUAUAGCCUCCAGAGUCUUCUGUUGCAGAUACUUUCCCCAAGAGAGAAAACCAGUGCCUGGCUGAAAACCAGCCCCUCUACAAUCAUGAGCUCUGAAUGUGAAGUCGAAAUUUCCAAAACAGUGGUAAACGGGCUAACCUCAACCAGUAAUGGUCAAGAAAAAGCUACUGAUGACCCUUUACGUGCACGCUCUAUUUCUGCUGUUAAAAUAAUUCCUGUGAAGAAAGUGACAAACUCUUCUGGCCUAGUCCUCCCUACAGACAUGGACCCUACCAAAAUUUGCACUGGAAAAGGAAUGGUGACCCUCCGAGCAUCUUCCACACACAGGGAAUCGCAGAGUGCCAGCCCUGUGAGCCCCCAGGAGACCAUGCUCUCGGAAAGUAAGCCAGAUCUGGAGCCAGAAAAUUUCCCCACAGAUGAGUGGAGACUGUCCUCUAACGCGGAUACCAACGGAAAUGCCCAGCCUUCUUCCCUGGCUGCCAAGGGCUACCGAAGUGUGCAUCCCAACCUUCCUUCUGACAACAAGUCACAGGUUUCCUCCCCUCCAUGCCCUCCUCCUCCAAAAGAGCAAAGCUUUGCAUGGCGACCACACACUGAGGCGAAGGUUUCCUCAUCACCAGUGCCCUUCAGGGACUGUGUGUACCUGAGUUCACCGAAGCCUUACAUGCCCCAGAGUGCUUCUUUCCAGCAGCGUCCCUCCUUUCCCCCAGCUGUGUCCCCCUCCCAGGUAGCCAGCACAGCUCCCAGAGUCACAGUGUAUGCUAGCCAGGCAUUCUUGCCCAGGAGCUCCACGUGCCCUGAUGCGUCAUCCCCAUAUCAGAGCCCCUGGGAGGCUUCCAGGGCAGAAGAUAGCCCUAAUGUGAGCUUUAAUCCCUGUCACGAGGCAGGAAGGGAUAAAAAAAGGGUCAGCAGCUUAUAUGUCGCUUGUUUAUCCAACAACACUGUUCCCCCUGCAUCUGAGAACUCCCCUAGGCUUGCAUGUGACCAAACCCAAAGCAACCCUUUGGAAGACCAGGUCAUCGGAGCACCAGCUCUUGGCACUGUGUCCUCCUUGCCUAGCGCUGAACCAUUACGCCUUGCUCCUCUUCCCAAUCCUUCCCAGCUGUCCUUUAACGCCAUCAGCGGUAGUGAUGCAGUUAGCCAGGGUGAAAGUCCUCUUCUGGGGACUGAGUCUCCUCUCCCAGAAGCAGUGAGACCACCUGUGCUAAGUGCCCAGAUUCCUUCGGGCCAAGGAACCCUGAAGAGAAAAGAACGUUGCUUUCCACGACGGUGGUAUCCAGCCAAGGACGCUACUUCCUCCAACACAGCUCAGCCAGGGAUUAUAGUAGUCCCUCUGUACCUGGUUAACACAGACCGAGGGCAAGAAGGCAGAUCCAGAACACCACCACCACCUCUGGUGGCCCUGGACCAAGUCGCCACAUUCCCAGCGACCGCCUCUGCUGGCGCGCCUCUGACCUUUCCGACAUUAGAUGAUUUCAUUCCCCCUCAUCUGCAGAGGCGAUCCCACCAUCACCAGCCAGCCAGUCCUUCUGGCUCAGGUCCCCCCGUUAGCCAGACAGCACCAUCACUGUGCUCUCCACCUCCUCCACUGGUCCCUCCAGUCCCAGAGGCCCCGCACAGAGUCUCGAAGCCUGACCUCCCUGGAGCUGUCUCAAGUACAGGUGCAGAUUCUCUGGUAAAUGAAGUUUCUUCGCCCCGCGUUGGGACUGAUUCCCAGAUUUUCCCACCAGUCAGCAAGCCUUCAUCUGCUUACCCUUCCACUACCAUCGUUAAUCCCACUAUUGUGCUUCUGCAACACAAUCGAGAGCAACAGAAGCGGCUUAAUAGUCUAACAGAUCCCGCACCAGAGAGAAGGAAUGAAGAGAAAGUAGACUCAGCGCCUACAUGGGAGAAAGUUGUUCUGCCUAGCACACGACCAGAUAAAACAGUAAAGGAUGAAAGUAGAAGACUAGUUAAGAGCCCUCAGUGCCUAAGUGAUGGUUCCAUGGAUGAAGUGGGCAUUCCACUAAGGAAUACUGAGAGAUCCAAAGACUGGUAUAAGACGAUGUUCAAACAGAUCCACAAACUUAACAGAGAUGAUGAUUCAGAACUCUACUCCCCUCGAUACUCAUAUUCUGAAGACUCAAGAAGCCCCUUUUCGGUGCCUCGUUCAAAAAGUGAGAUGGAGUACAUCGAUGCAGAGAAAGUGGUCAAGAGGUCUGCCACGCUGCCCCUACCCUCCCGCUCUACGUCUUUGAAAUCGAGCCCGGAAAGGAAUGACUGGGAGCCCCCGGAUAAGAAAGUGGACACUAGAAAAUACCGUGCAGAACCUAAAAGCAUUUAUGAAUAUCAGCCGGGCAAGUCCUCAGUUCUGACAAAUGAAAAGAUGACUGCAAGAGUCAGCCCCACUCCAGAGACAGCUGCUGAGCGUUCUGCCUACUCAUAUUCACCCAAUAUCCAUGCAGUGAAGAAAGAGUCAGAGAUGGCUCCAGGGGAUUCCAUUGGUUUGGAGAAUGAAAGACAGAUUUACAAAAGUGUUUUGGAAGGCGGAGACAUUCCUCUCCAGGGAUUAAGUGGUCUCAAGCGGCCCUCUAGCACUGCUUCCACUAAAGAUUCAGAAUCGCCUCGGCACUUCACCCCAGCGGAAUACUUGGAAACUACUGAAGAUUUUAUUCGGAGGCGUCAUGAUGACAAAGAGAAACUUUUAGCGGACCAGAGACGGCUUAAGCGUGAACAAGAAGAAGCUGAUAUUGCAGCUAGACGACACACGGGUGUUAUUCCAACCCACCAUCAGUUUAUCACUAAUGAGCGGUUUGGGGACCUCCUAAAUGUAGACGAUACAGCAAAGAGGAAAUCUGGGUUAGAGAUGAGACCUGCCAGAGCCAAAUUUGACUUUAAAGCUCAGACACUAAAAGAGCUUCCUCUGCAGAAAGGAGAUAUUGUUUACAUCUAUAAGCAAAUUGAUCAGAACUGGUAUGAAGGAGAACAUCAUGGCCGUGUGGGGAUCUUUCCACGGACGUACAUAGAGCUUCUUCCACCAGCAGAGAAGGCGCAACCCAAGAAGAUGGCACCGAUACAAGUUUUAGAAUAUGGAGAUGCUGUGGCUAAGUUUAACUUCAAUGGAGACACCCAAGUGGAGAUGUCCUUCAGAAAGGGGGAGAGGAUCACAUUAAUUCGACAGGUUGAUGAGAACUGGUAUGAAGGGCGAAUCUGUGGUACCACUCGACAAGGCAUCUUUCCCAUUACAUAUGUGGAUGUGAUCAAGAGACCUCUGUUGAAAAACCCAGUUGAUUACGUUGAUCUGCCAUUCUCUUCUCCAAAUCGAAGUACGACUGCUUCUCCCCAGCCUUCACAUCAUUCAUUGAGCACAGGACCAGAUCUCACAGAGUCUGAAAAGAGCUAUGUGCAACCUCAAGCCCAGCAGCGAAGAACCACUUCUGACAGAAGUCAGAACCUACAGGAUUUGUAUAGCUACCAAGCAUUAUAUAGCUAUAAACCACAGAAUGAUGAUGAGUUGGAACUCCGAGAUGGAGAUAUUGUGGAUGUCUUGGAAAAAUGUGACGAUGGUUGGUUUGUUGGUACUUCCAGAAGAACAAGACAGUUUGGUACUUUUCCUGGCAACUAUGUAAAACCUUUAUAUUUAUAAGAAGCCUGAGAACCUGCGAUUGUUCUUUAUUGGUGGAUGAAACACAGAACACAAAGCAAUCUCUUUAUUUCAAUGUUGAAUCAAUAAGUCGGUUAGUGCAAGGAUGAAGUAAGAAGUCUUAGAGCGACUUGGGGAAGUGUUGGAUUUAAAGCGUGAGCCUCCUAGGGCCUUGCACAGUGCUCGGCUCAUAGCAGACUUCAGCAAAUGUUUUCUUGAAUGAAUGAAUGUAUGUAUGUACGAAUGAGCUAGGGCCCAGGUGUUUGCUGGGCAAGGAGAAGCAAGCCAGACUUCUAGUUUACAUAACUGCCUUUUUAAGCCCCACUAGACCUCCCUCUCACCCUCCUGUGGUGAGCUGACAUGGAACAGAAGGAAAGAAGCAAGUAGCCCCUCAUCUUCUGUGUUUGGAGGCCAAUUCAGUUCUAGCUCAGUCCUGGGAGUGUUGGUCUAAGUUGUGUGAACCUGAGCGAUUCAUUUGAGUCUGAAGCAACCCAGAGAAGACCCAAGGAAGCCAGAUCUGGUCCAGUCUUACAUUAAAGUUUGGGGGUCUGAUUUCUAUUGGGUUUGGGAAAUCAGUUUGAUCGCAAACUGCUGAACUUUCCCCAAACCCGUGCCACUCUAAUUUGCCCCAGAGCAGGUUUGGAUGACCAGCUAUCCAUUUGAAUGCCCCAGAACUCAUCAGACCAGACUUUCCAGGGCUAUUCUGGACCAGACCUGUCCCAACUUGGACCCACACUCUUGAGACUCUAGUGGGAAGGGUAGGGGUAGUAGAAAUAAGGUACCAUUUGAUGUGGGACUACACUCUUUCACCCCCAUCACCACCACAUAUCCCAAUGUUCUGACAAUAAAGCAUGUAGCAUUUGCUUGUGAAAGUUGGAGGAAGUAGAUCAGAGGGACACGUUGGAUUUGCAUCUGAUUAAAGUAAAGUUGAUCUGUAGCUUAUUGGGGUAACAUGCAGCCAGUCACUAUCCACAUAUACAUACACAUAUAUGUAUAUAUCCUUGGAAUUUUACUAGGUUACCUUCAGAGAGACCAGGUUUUAAUUUGUUUGAUGACUAUCACCAAUGUUUCCUAGCAUAUCAUAUGUAGAGCACUGGAAUGUUCAAGGAUAUUUCUUACAGAAAACAAAGAAUUGCAUUCAAAGGAAACUUUCAGAGUUAUUUUGAUCUAGGCAAAUCAAUCAAAAAUCACUUUGAUUUGACCUGUCCUUAGAGCAGAGUGGGAAGUUGCACUGAGCUUAUACUCUGCAGGCUGAAUUUUAUGCCACCAUCUACUGGAGGACCUGAGUUCAUUGUCCCUCUGCCUGUAUGGGAGGAGUUAAUCCCUCUGAGCCAGAAUCAGGGAGGGAGCCAUCCAAACACUGCAUUUGCACCAGGCAGCCCGUGAUUGUGGAUGCAUAAAUAAGGGCUAACAGAGCCAUAUACAUGAAAGGAGUUCUCUGCUGGGAAGGUAGAGUAACGUCUCCUUGAGUUCACCCAUUGCUCCCUCCAGGUAUGGGUGGUCCCUGGCAUUGCUGCGGUUCCAGCAGAGAAUGUAAAUACAGGAAGCUUCAGGUCUCUGGACGUAUACAGUCACUCCAUCGUUACCCUAGCCCUGUGUGUACUCUGCAGCUCCACAAUUUAUUUCACCCCCUAUCCCCCAUAUAGGACACAUCCUAGGCAAAAUUGGGAGGGGGUAAAUAGUUCCCAUUUUGUACCCCAUUCCAUAUCUCAGUGGUGUCUUCUUACCCCCAGGGCCCUAGUACUUCUCCUCUAUCUUCUACCUUAUCAAAGCCUGUUCUCAGGAAAGAACUGACAGAUUCAUUCACAACGACCUGUAAAUGACUAGUAAGAUUCAAUCUGUUACCUCUUCCAAGGAAAUUUGCACUUUAACAAGGCACAAAGCCUUAAUCAAAGAAAUGAAGCUCCAGUAGGAAAUCUUCAGAAUUGGUAGGGGAGAAAAUACUGGGCGUGGGGAGCCUGUUUGAUGCCUCAGAAGUCAUGCCACAUGGGCAGCCGCUGCCACCACAUAGUAGGACUACCUUUUUUUUUUUUUUUGGCAUCUCGCUCUGCAGGGAAUUUAGUAAAAGCACGUGAGUGUACAUGUGCACAGGCACCCACAUGUCCAUUCAUUUCAGCACUAUGGCAUUAGGAUUCACUUUGAAGUGGAAGUUUUGCAUUGGAUAACUAUUCUCCUGAUCUGUUUUGGAUGCAGAUUGUUAUUGAUAAAAUAUUAGACCAUAGCUUUUAAGGGGGGAGGGUGCUUCUCCAUUAGACAGCUAACUUCCAGCACUUCUAGGAAUAUAGCUAGAGAAUCAAACCAAUUUGUAAAACUGCAUUUUACACAUAAUGCCAGUGACAUAUAUUUGUACAUCUCUGGAACCUCCAGUCUGUCUCCCAUAUUUUCCCAUGUGUUUAAUAAUAAGGGGAAAAAAAUUCUAAAGUUUGCAUCAAGUUUCAGCUUCCUACAUAUCACAGAACAAGUACCCCAAAAUUUCUAGUGGCUACUUUGUCUUGAGACAUUUAGGAAUACAAAAUACUUAUUUUUAUGCUUACAGUGUUUAUACAGGUUUAUUAACAGCAAGUACACCUAAUUGAUAGCAUGAUUUGCAAUACAUUUUGAUACUUUCCCCACACUGUGGGGUCUAAAAAAAUGACAUCAACUGAAAAAAACACUUACCUUUUGCAGUCUCUCUGGGAUCAGUAAAAAAAGAAAUCACAUCCUCAAGAAGUGGGACUGUACAUAUGUAUAUUUGUAUAGACCAUGUACUUACCUUGUAUAGAAAAAAUAAUUUUAACAAUUUGAAUGAAAGGAAGACAGUAAGGAAGUCAUUAAGGUUUUUUUUUUGCAUUUUUAUUUAAAAGAAGGAAUUCCAAGUUAACCCCUAUGGAUUUUUUUUUUUUUAGCACAAGAAGACACUUGUAAAAUGUUACAGCUUUUAAAUCAUCAUCACUGGGGGAAGGGCAGUAACUCUGAUCCUCAUUUAUGAAUUUUGAAAAUUUUUUCCUUUGCAGUCUUGUUUCCCUGCAGUAAUAUUUAGUCCUGUUGCUAGAAUAGGUUAAUAUGCAAAUUAUAUUCUGGAAGAAAAAAUAAGUGACUUUCUAUGUAACCAGUUAAUUUAAAGGAUUGCCAUUGAAACAACACACAGAGAGCAUGUGCUAUACAGACACAGAUCUUGUGUUCAUUUAUUUUUCUUUAUUGCAGUGGAUUAUGGUUUAUUUGAUAAUAAAUAGACGUAUUGAAUUACUGCUACAUUUCCUGUACAGAUUAUUUAAUAAACCUUAUUCCGAUUUGCGUGGUA